GAAGAGAUCACCACACACACGGUGACUCGCAUAUCGCAUAAAAAAGAAUUAUAACCUUACUUUUCAUUUACAAUUCUUAUAAUUGUUUGACGGGAAGUUUUCGCAAACAAAGAAUUAAUUUAAUAUUGAUUGCUUAAAACAUUACUCUAAAAAUGCCGGAAAGCACGAAAGCUGAAAGCAGUGCGCCUAAAGAGGUUAAAAAUAAUAAAGAGGAAGAGAAAAAUGAUCUUUCUGAAGAAGAUAAGCAACUUCAAGAAGAAUUAGAGCUUCUAGUUGAACGUCUUCAAGAUUCUGAUCGUCGUCUUCAUUUUCCAGCACUCGAACAACUUCGAGCACAUAUUCGUGCUUCAACUACAUCAAUGACAAGCGUUCCUAAACCUCUAAAGUUCAUGCGUCCACAUUAUGAAACAAUGAAAGCUAUUUAUCAAAAACUUGAUGAUACUGAAUCAAGAGAAUUAUGCUCUGAUAUUAUUUCAGUCUUAGCAAUGACCAUGGGAGAAGGUAGAGAAUGUCUUAAAUUCCGAUUAAGCGGUUCUUCUUUACCUCUUAGUGAAUGGGGUCAUGAAUACGUGAGACAUUUAUCUGGAGAGUUAGCUGCAGAAUGGGACGAAGUUAGUACUGGAGAAGAUGCAGCAUCAAAUACUGAGAAAUUAAUAGAAUUAGUUCAUGAAAUAAUUCCUUAUAAUAUGGCUCAUAAUGCUGAAACUGAAGCCUGUGAUUUAUUAAUGGAAAUCGAGAGACUUGAUUUAUUGCAACGGUUUGUUGAUGAGAGUGCUUAUCAAAGAGUCUGCUUAUAUCUCACAUCUUGUGUCCCUUAUGUUGCUGAUCCAGAGAAUAGUACACUUUUGAAAGCUGCUUGGAAAUUGUAUAGAAAGUUUCGACAAUAUCCUCAAGCUUUACGGCUUGCUAUGCAACUUAAUGAUUUGAAUCUUGUUGGAUACAUUUUCUUAAGCUGCACAGAUUUGUCAAUUCAAAAACAAUUAGCAUAUAUGCUAGGUCGUCAACAAAUUUUCUUAGAACUUCCCGAAUCUAUAAUGGAGUAUGAUGAUUUAAUUGAAAUUAUGUCGAAUUCCCAUUUAAAUAAUCAUUUCUUAAACUUGGCUCGAGAAUUAGAUAUAAUGGAGCCAAAAACUCCAGAAGACGUUUACAAACUGCAUUUAGAAAAUUCUCGACCUCCUUUUGGUGGUGGUCAAGUAGAUUCAGCACGUCAAAAUCUUGCUGCAAGUUUUGUAAAUGGAUUUGUUAAUGCAGCAUUUGGCCAGGAUAAGCUUUUAAUUGAUGAUGGAAAUAAAUGGUUAUUUAAAAAUAAAGAGCAUGGCAUGUUAAGUGCAACCGCAUCUUUAGGUCUUGUGCUAUUAUGGGAUGUUGAUGGAGGAUUAACUCCGAUAGAUAAGUAUCUUUAUUCCUCUGAAGAUUACAUCAAAUCUGGAGCAUUAUUAGCUUGUGGAAUUGUUAACUGUGGAGUAAGAAAUGAAUGUGAUCCAGCAUUAGCUCUUUUAUCAGACUACGUACUUCACAGCAGUAACACAUUGAGAAUCGGAGCAAUUGUUGGUUUAGGAUUGGCAUACGCAGGUUCUAAUCGUGAAGCAGUACUCAGUCUUUUAACUCCAGUUCUUACAGACCCUAAAUCCAAUUGGGAAGUUGUUGGAACAGCUGGUUUAGCUUUGGGAAUGGUUGCAGUUGGUUCUUGUAAUAUUUAUGUAACAACAGCAAUUAUGCAUUGUCUCAUGGAAAAAACAGAAGCAGAUUUAAAAGAUACUUAUGCAAGAUUUUUACCUUUGGGUCUUGCUCUGUGCUUUUUGGGCAAACAAGAAGCAGCUGAAGCCAUCAUAGCAGCAUUAGAAAUUAUUCCUGAACCUUUUAAAUCAAUGUCAACCACUUUAGUAGAAGUAUGUGCUUAUGCAGGAACUGGUAAUGUCUUGAAGAUUCAGCAUUUACUUCAUAUUUGCUCUGAACAUUAUGAACCAUCGAAUGAAAAAGAUGACAAGUCUGAUCGAAAUCACAAAGAGAAGGAUAAAAAAGAUAAAGAGGAUAAAGAAAAGAAAGAUGAUAAAGAGAAAGACAAAGAUUCAAAAGAAAAGGAUAAGGAAAAGGACAAGACAAAAGAGAAAGAUUUAAGUUCUAGACAAGCAAUAGCUGUUUUGGGAAUUGCUUUAAUUGCAAUGGGUGAAGAAAUUGGGUCAGAAAUGGCCUAUAGAACUUUUGGGCAUUUAUUACGCUAUUGUGAACCCGUUAUUCGGAGAUCAGUACCUUUGGCUUUGGGUCUCAUAUCCGUCUCCAAUCCAAAACUCAAUAUCAUUGAUACUUUGUCCAAGUUCUCUCACGAUAGUGACCCAGAAGUGGCUCAUAAUGCUAUCUUUGCUAUGGGUCUAGUCGGUGCAGGAACUAAUAACGCUCGUCUAGCUGCUAUGCUUCGGCAGCUUGCUCAGUAUCAUGCUAAAGAUCCUAACAAUCUCUUCAUGGUUCGAAUUGCACAGGGUCUUACUCAUCUUGGAAAAGGAACUCUUACAUUAUGUCCUUAUCACAGUGACAGACAAUUGUUAAGUCCUGUAGCUUUGGCUGGACUUUUAGCAACUAUUAUCGGAUUUCUUGAUGUCAAAAACAUUAUUCUUGGAAGAUCCCACUAUCUUUUAUACACUUUGGCAGCAGCCAUGCAACCUAGAAUGCUCGUUACUUUUGAUGAAGAAUUGAACCCGCUUCCAGUACCAGUUAGAGUUGGAAUUGCAGUGGAUGUUGUUGGUCAAGCUGGAAAGCCUAAAACAAUUACUGGCUUCCAAACACAUACAACUCCAGUAUUGUUAGCUUAUGGAGAAAGAGCUGAACUUGCAACUGAAGAAUAUAUUCCCUUAACUCCAAUUAUGGAAGGCUUUGUUAUCUUAAGAAAAAAUCCAGAAUUUGUUCCUUAGUUACUUCAAACUAAGGAUUAAUAAUAUUAAAAUAAUAAUGAUAACUUAAGAUAUAUUAAAAAAAAAUUCAUGGAAAA